AUAUUUCUUUCCACUUCAGCCGAAGCACACGACCGAGAUAGGUGAAAAUUUUCAGAAAAUCGCUUCUGAAUUUGUGUAAUUCGUUUUUCGACCAACAACGGAUAAAUAAGUGGAGUAGUUAUCAUUUAAUAUUUUCAGUGCGUGGCUAGUAAAUAUAUUUUCUAAAAAGACAAGUGUAAAUUGCGGGUUUUGCUAUUGUCGCAGUGCUUUGCAACGCAGUUAGCAAAGCAGCACAGCGCUGGCCGCAGUAGCGCCGCCAUUGGAAGAAGAAAUUUUAAUACGUCGCGUUUUUGCCAAUCCAUUUGUCGUGACGCACCUGGCAAGAGAAAUCAUAUUUGUGAGCUAAAAAAUCGGCACCAAAUCAAAGGAAGUUUCAAGCUCUUUGUUGCAGUUUUUGGUUUGUGUUAAGCUGCUGAACUAUUUUCUGGUAUAUAUUGGGGGAAAAAAUAGCUGAAAAAUGAGUGCCGGAAUGCCCGAGUUGGGCUCUAAGAUCAGCUUGAUCUCCAAAGCUGAUAUUCGGUACGAGGGUCGCCUAUACACCGUAGAUCCCCAGGAGUGCACUAUUGCUCUUUCGAACGUUCGAUCGUUCGGAACAGAGGACCGGGAGACACAGUUUCAAAUUGCUCCACAGAGCCAAAUAUAUGAUUAUAUACUUUUUAGAGGUUCUGAUAUCAAAGACAUUCGGGUUGUUAAUAACAGCCUUCCGCAUCCAAAUGACCCGGCUAUAAUGCAAGUGCAGCUACAAAAUGGGCAGCAUAUGAUGCCGCAUUUCCCCAUGCCCAAUAUGAAUCCUCCCCAUGCACCGCCGAUGAACACAGUCGGAGGAUAUGGCAAUCCUUUUGGAAUGGGAGGACUAGGUAUUGGAGGGGCUGGUGGUGCUGCGCCUUCAUUAGCACCUGGAUCUGGAGCACCGGGACCAUAUAUAUUAGGUGGUGGUAAUCAACCACAAUCAACUCAACCGCCUCAGCCACAACAGCAGCAGCAAUCGAAAUCACAACAACAACAAAAACAACCAAGUGAGUUACUUACCAACAACAACAACAAUCUGACCCAUGUUCAGCAACCAGACCAAAUACAGGAACAAACACAACAGCUAUCACUUCAUAAUAAAACAAUUGCAUCCACAAUACCAACGAACCAGACCCAGUUGCAGCAACAUAAUGAUUUAAACGCAUCGACGCAAACGAAUUUAACGCCAACGUCGAACACUUUAAAUUUGGGAGCAAUUGGUGGUGCUGGUAGUAUAAUUGGUAGUAAUGGUAAUAGUGGCGGUGUCAUCGGUAGUAACCGUAUAACUAGCGGCGGCGCCAGCCUCAUUGGAGGUUUACUCGGUAGUGGUGGAGGUGCUUCUUCUGGUAGCAAUAUUACUAUUUUAGGUGCAACUAACAAAGUGAAGAAAAUAAUGUCUCAAGCUGCACUUAAAGAGCACAAAGACCAAGACAUACUUGCCGGUGCAUCGCGCUCAACGACACCUAUGAGCCAUGUUUCGCUAAAGAGCGGUUCACCCGAUUUGGCUGCUCAGCAACAGCAUCAAAAUCAACAUCCGAAUCAGAACACUGGACAUGGCGGCAACUCGCGUGAUGCUGGCCACAAGCGACAAAAUCAUCAACAACGUGGUGGUAACAAUAAUCAACGCAACAAUGAUUUUUACCAACAGUCACGUGAUCGACGUGAUUCUGGACGUCACACCGACGGAAACUAUAAUAAUCAACAUGAGGUUCGUGGUGGUAAUAAUUAUAGUAAUCAACGUAAUAACCAUCAACGUGGUGGUGGUGGCGGCGGAGGCGGCCAAAAUCAUGCUUGGACCAUGCACCGUGGUGGACCUAAUAAUGCUAACAAUAUGAUGGUACGGAAUCGAGGUGGCGGACGUGGACGGAUGCAAAAUCAAGGCUUUCGACCAAUGGGCGGUCCUGGCGGCAAUCAAAAUAAACCCCGGAAUCCGAAGAAUGCUAUUAAAUUUUUACAAGAUUUCGACUUUGAGCAGGCCAAUGUUAAAUUCGAGGAGCUACGUUCCCAAUUGUCCAAAUUAAAGGUGGGCGAAGAACCCAAAACAGAGCAGAUAAACGGUGAAACUGACAAAAAGGAAGACUCUGGUAAUGAGACCGGCGCUGGCGAGCAUGAACCGGAAGAAGAAGAAAUUACUGUUGGAUAUGAUAAGACGAAGUCCUUCUUUGAUAAUAUUUCGUGCGAAGCAGCACAGGAUCGUAGUAAGAAUAAGAAAAACGACUGGCGUCAGGAGCGCAAGCUAAACAGUGAAACAUUUGGAUUUUCAUCUACAAGACGUGGCGGAUAUCGUGGCCGCGGUAACUAUUACAACCGUAAUAUGGGUUCUUAUGGCGGUGGUUACAAUCGCAACUAUCGCGGAGGCAGUAAUUAUCGUAAUCGUAGCAGAAACCCGAAUGCUGCUGCGAACAACGCAAACGGCGGUGCUUCUAAUACUAAUACUGGAAACUCCGGUACGUCUAAUAAUAACAAUGGUGCCAACACGGCUGUAGCACUGAAAACUCAAGUGCAAACACCACAAACAUCGGUCUCAGCGUCUGGUUCAACUCCAAAUGCCACGAAAUUAGCAACUGUGGAAAAUAGCAACACACCGCAGCCAAUCGCAGCUGGCGGAGUUGGCCAAUAAUGAUAACAAUCCUCAGAACCAAAUAAAAAGGCAUCAAAUACUACAUUAAUAGCAAAAGAAGCCACAAGAAAUCAACAAAUAUCAAAUAUAUCAAGUACAGUACAUAAAUGAGAACAUCAUAAAAGGAAAAACGGAAAAUAUAUAUGCAUCAUAAAUGGAAAAUGUAACGGAAACUGGAACGUACGGAAGAAAAAUAUAUUUAUAUACGGAUGUUCUUCGCUUUUUGUCUGGAGUAGAAAUAUUAAUUAAAUGUGUUUUACCAAAUAUUUCUUCCACCAACUGCGAUGCAUAACAAUAAGUCUACUUUUACAACAUCAACAUGUAUUUGAGCGUUAAAAAAGAGUUCAAUAAGACGUCAGCAAUGCGAAUAAUAUUAAUAAUGAUGAUUAAGAAUAUACAGAAAAGAAGAAGAAGAAUAAAUACAACGUGGAAUCAUUCAAAGAUGUUAGUAAAAUAGUUUUAUUAAAUCUGAUACAAACUACACAAGUCCAAACGAAAGAAUUAAAACAAAAAGCAGCGAAAACAAUUAAAGAAUUUGUAUGUUAAAAAAAUGAAAUGAAAAUGAAUUUUAAGAAGCAAAAAGAGAGAAUUAAAUUGAAUGAAAAUAUGAAUGUUCUGUCGGAACUUUAAGAAGAUCGCUCAUCAGUGAGCAAGUUGGAUGUAAUUAAUUAAAAGAAAGGGUAAAGCUACUACUGUAAAGGCAGAAUUACAUUGUAGAAAUGGUGGUGGUAUGUUUUCAACUUGGAAGCAUACAAAUACGAAAGCAUUUACAAAACAUUAAAACCAGAGAAAAUAAAAUUAGAAAUAAAAUACGACUUUUAUGCUGAAUCCUUAAUUAAACAGGAAGGAAAUUCAAUUUAUAAAUUACAAUUACCUAUAAUACAAAAAAAAAAAAAAAACAAUUUUUAAAAGUUUGCAGAGGAUGAGAGUGAGCCAAAUAAAAUCAGCAUAAAUUAAAUUCAAGUAAAAAAGGAAACAUAUAAAUAAAUAUAUUAGCAGGUUAAUACAACAAGAGAAAUGUCGAUACGCCCAUACUUACAAACUACUCAUGCACACAAUCACACAAACACACACAAAGCUGGCCUACGAUAUGCAAUGCAACUUCGGAGUAGUAAAAAAAAGAAUGUUAUCUCUAAAACGCACAUAAUACAUAUGUAUAGCAAGUGGCGUCAACUUAGCGGUGGCGAUAUUAUCACCUGUGUUAAGUUAAUUGAAGGAACUGAAUUUUGGGCAACACAGCAGGAAGCGAGGCGCAAGCAUAUGUUAUAGUUGGAGAGGAAAGUAAAAUUCUAAGAAUUUUAUACUAGGAAUCAACAACCUACAUUUUCUCAACUUUAAUACUACAACUACAACAACAACUACUACUACUAUUAUAAUUAUUACUAUUUUAAUUUUAAGAGUUAAAAUAUUUUAAAACAUUUACAAUUAAAUUGAUUGGCUAAGCGCUAAAGCAAAAAUGUUUGUCAAUAAUUGCACAUAUCCAUUAAGAAACGUAACUGAACGAUUGCGCGUGCAGAUUGGUGCCAAUGACAUGUUUAACAUUUGUUUUGCUUUAACAGGUUAGUUCGAUUUGUUAAUUAACAGUUUUCCUUUGCAAAGGCAUGUAAUUACGUCGUACACUCAUCUCAUAUCAUCAUGUAUAUGAUUAACUUAAAAAAAAGCAAAGUGCAAAAAUAAAGUUUUCUUCGAGAUAGUUUGAAUAAAGAAUUUUAAAGAGUUUUUCAUACGCAACGCGUGCAUGCUUAAUCCAAAGCGGUUUUCAAUUUAGUUUUGCGCAAUUGAUUUAACAAAACGCAUAAAUUCAGUACGCCAGGCAUUCGCAACUCUUGCUAUGGCUUUUGAAAAGUUUUAACACAACUAAAAAUUAUGCACAGCCUAGCCUGUUCUCGAGUGUGAUAUCCUUAUGUGGCGUAUUCACUAGAAUUACACACUUUAAAUAUAAGCGAGUUUUUACGUAUUGAUUGCGUUGAAAAUAUACAGGACAGCAACAUUUUGCAUAAACGAAGCGGUUAUCUUUUUAUAUAAACGUUAGUGUAGCUUUUAGGGCAUUUUAACCAGUUGCUCUAGCUGAGUGCAGCCAUCCAUCCAUUCAUUACAAAACCACCAUCGAAUUCACAUGCACACAAGUAUAUAUACACACACACAAACAUAACAAAUGUAGAUUAUAUUUACUGAAAAUAACGUGCAAAUGUAAGGGGAUAAUUCUAUAUUAUACUACAGUAAAAUUAUAAAUAUAUUAUGUAAAUGUGCUCACUCUCAGUAUAUAUAUACAUAUAUAUACACACUAUGUAUAAAUACAAUUAAAGAGUAUAGCAUUCAAAGUGGCAGAAACCCGUUGUCGGGGAUUGUACGAGCGGGAAUUACUACAAAUACAAAAUAUACACAAAUAUGUAUUUGAUUUAAAUGUAGCAUAAAUUCGAAAAAAAACAAUACAGAUCAAGAUAAACCACUGCAAAUAAAUAAAUAAUAAAAAAAAUUAAAAUAAAAAAUUUGAUAAUAAAAGAUACUAAUAAAAAAGGAAAUAUAUUAUUAAAAGUUUAAGUCAGUAAUAA